UUGGUACAAGCACGAGAUUUGGAACUCACUGUGCCGGGGGCAUAUGAUCCGUUUGGACCACUAGUUACAAUAUCAUCGUUCAAUCAUACACUGCAAGUAAUAAGUUCGAAGCAGCGCCCAAGGAAAGUAAUUAUAAGAGGAAGUGAUGGAAAUGAUUACACAUUCCUUCUGAAAGGUCACGAGGAUCCUCGACAAGAUGAACGGGUCAUGCAACUGUUUGGCUUACGUUACUCGAUUGUUACGCUCAGUGAGAACAGUGGCUUGAUUGGAUGGGUUCCAAACUGCGACACUUUGCAUACACUAAUUCGAGAAUAUCGUGAAAAGAAAGGAGUAAUGUUAUCGAUGGAACAUAAAGUUAUGCAGAGUUACGUUAAUGAUCCGGAGCAGUUGAGUUUAUUCCAAAAAGUUCAGGCUUUUGAAGCUGCUCUUGAGGUAACAAAAGGCAACGACCUGCAGCAAAUUCUAUGGCUUAAAUCACCAAAGCAAUGUUGAGC